GGAAUAGUUCACAUACAGUUUCUGCCAUUCCCUUUCGCUUGCCAAAAGUAGCUGUGUCAAUUCUAGCCGACUUCAAAUGGGGCCUUCUAUAGGGUAACGAGUCAUUCAGCGGGUCCCUUGCCGUCGAGUUUGACUCAAAACGGGGCAUUGAGGAAAUCCAAAACGCAAAACCCUGGCGCGCCUUGUUUCCUCCCGAGUUUUUCCGAGUUAUUCUACAAAAUCCCUGCAUUUCGAUUGCCACUAACGCAUCUGUGGCUCUCGCCGUGGAUCCGAAGACGGGUUUUCCACUUCUUCCGCUCCUCUACAACCGCCAAAGGAAUUCCGAGACACAAGACUAACUGCCAGCCCCGAAGCGAGGGAAACAUUGCGUUUGUGUUUCUCAGCGGUCGUGAGUUGAUCGUACUUCGUCUCUCCUCUUAUGUGGUAUCUUUCAACACUGGAGAAAGACCCUCAUUUUCCUGGUGUCUCCAGGCCUAGCGUAGGUGUGGACAAAAGCUCUCUCAAGGAAGACAGCGAGGGACGCAGUGAGGCGGAGCACGAAGAAGUUCGUUCUUUUCCGGCAUGAAGCAACCCACUUUCUCUGCAAUGACAGUCGCGUUCCUCCCUCUUUUGCUUGUCGACCAAGCUUCGUCGCAAAACUCCUCAAUUCUGUUGCACAGUCUGCUGCCGCGCCGGCGUGUCUUCAGUCGUUCAAAGACCCCAGUUUCGCUUCCAGUCACUCCUUUGUGACUGCGUGUACACCAUGGCCUUCACACAACUUUUCCCCCGUCCUUUGGCGUUCCGGCCAAAAUCCAACUCCGUCAGUUUCCUGGUUCGGUACGCAGCCGGUGGGCCGCGACGGCCGCCUGCAGAAGUGUCAGAAGUUCCGCCGGCCAGUGUUCCUUUUCUCUCGCGUCGCUGGCCCUCCUCCUCUCCCCGUUCCCCCUCCACUUGCACUCGCCGCUGUUACUCGACGAAGCCACGGUCUUCUCGCUCCGCCCAGAGCGCCCGCGCUGGCUCUCCCAACCGGGAGAAGCAGUCGCCCGGUGCCAAGCAGAGGCUGCGUCGCAGAGCUGAGGACGACCAGAGCUCUGAGUUCCGUUUUAUUGAGCGCUUCAAGCGCGUCGACUUUGACCGCACAGCUUGGCUUCGAGAAGCCGAGAGAAAGGCGCAAAGCGACGCGUGGCACGUCGUGACGACGAGUGUCCAGACACCCACCGCCUUCGAGUUCGACCGUCAAGUUCUCCUUCCCGACUUCUCUCCACGCUCGAGGGAGCAGGAUGUAUCUCGCUCGGCUGUAGCGCAAGCGGAGAGUCGCCACGUAGAGGCGGAAGGAGGCGAAGAACUCCUCGAACAAACGCGCCGCGGACGGCAGCUGUCGAGCCCCCGGAGCCGCGCGGCCGCGGAGGGAAGAACGGCUACGUCGACUCAUCUAGCGAGUCUCGAGGAAGGCACAGCUUGCGGCACGCAAGAGAGGCACACAGAGCCCGGCGGGGAGACAGGGAGAGACCGGACGUCGCCUUCAGAAGAAGAUUCAGUCGACGCGCUGAUUGCCGACAGAGCGCUGGCUCUGAAAGACAUGCCGCCACCGCCUGUCACGUACUUUGACCACCUCACCGAGUUCGCGAGCGAGACUGAAAACGCGAGGCGAGCGACUUUCUCCUCCACCUCGAAGUUUCCGUUUCUCCCUGGUCCUCCUCCGCCUUCUCGCUUCUUCACCAAAGGCAAGGAAGACUGGCGCUACCAGUGGCGACGCGAAGACGACGAGGACUUGUGGAAGUCCCCAGACUCCUCUCUCAGACGAGCUGUGACGGGAAGCCAGGUGGACACCACGGCUUCUGCCCGCUGCGACGGUUUCGGAUUCCCCGACACCUUCGAAGAGCCUCGCGGCUUGGAGAGAAAACAACUCUCCGUCUUCCUCCCCUCUUCUCAGACGUGGAAACCCAUCGCCGUGCUCAACAGCCACCAGCUCCUCUUCGCGCUCCAACACCCCCAGGUGUCGCUACACCCCAGUGGUCGAGCCACCCCUGCCGAGGGGUGUUCGCCGAGUGCCGCCCGUGUCGCCGACGCAGCUUCUCUCAGAUCGUCUUCUUCGGAUGGUUUCCGUCAAGGCUACCCGCUCAUCUACUGGCGACAACUUCUCUCUCGUCUUCAACGAAUCGCUUUCUCCUUCGACGGCGCCUCUCUCUUUGCGCUAAUCGCUACGCUGACGCGUCACAUCGCUGCCGUGAGAAGAGAGUUGGAAGCGGUGCAAGCUCUGGCCAGCAGCACGACCUUCCUCAGCGCAGAGCACCAAGCUAGAGGAGCGGGGGAAUUGCGUAGAGCAGACGCCUCGCGGUCGCGGUCUUUUUCAUCCUGCCGAGCCUCGGGAGUCUCCCUUUCUCCAGCAUCUUUCGGCUGUGGCAGAGCGACAGCUGCCUCGGAGAGUGGAGACAAGACGGGUGCUGAGAGAGAGUUUCGCUCGUCUAGCGGAGAGCAAGAAAAGAACAAGGAGGCCAUCGCAAAACUUAGAGACCGUGCAGACGAACUCAACAGCAUCUUCUUAGCCCUGACACAACCGGGAAUCUGGAAACAACUAAGUGACGAUGCGCUCCCGCAUUUGCCAUUUCUUUCUUUGCCUGCUUUGUCGAAUCUGGCGGAGACGUUCGCGCUCUUGAGUCCGAAACUUUCGAGCUCUCUGAACGUCGUCAUCAUGCAAGCGAUCGACCAAGUCCACGGCAUCGGUCAACCCCAUUUGCACUAUCCCGCUGUCGACUUCGAUUCGUCUCCCUCUUCUCCUGGCGAGCACACACGCGCUGGCUUCUCGGAUCGACGUACACCCGGGGCUCCCGCGCCCGCGACUGUCCAGGCUCUCUUUCGUCUGUUGGAUGCAUGUGCGGAGGCGAUUCACGUGUCUUCCGCCCUGGCUUCGUCGCUUUCUCAGCAGCUAUCCACGGAGUCUGCCUCUGUACAUACACCCAGUUUCCUCGCCAGAGUUUUGUCCUACGAGCGUUUCGAAACUUGCAAGGCCGGCAGCUUCGCAGCAGCUGGAGUCGUUGGCACACUUUCUCAUCAACUGUUUGAAACAGCUGUUGGACAAACAAAGCUGGCUUCCGAGCUGCUCCGUCUGCCGCUGGAGGACCGCGUGCGCCUUGUAGUUCACGCUUCGCUGUAUUGGCAGCAGGACGCUGUGGAGCCUGCAACUCGUCAAUUCCUUAACAGCGCGAUUUCUUCUAUUUUUUCUAACAAAGGGGGACUCCCGAAGCCGACCGUUCCUCAGCUAUUCGCUCUCCUAGGAUCUGCGCUGCUUCCCUCUCUUGGCGGUUCCUUCCCUCCUCUCGAAAGGCUCGACGGCUUUCUGCACUCGGAUGCUUCUUUUUCUUCGGUUUUUUCUCCUUUUGGUUUUUCUUCCUGUUGUUCGUCUCCUCUUCCUUUGUUUCCCUGUGUUUCGCCUCUUCCUCUCUUGGCGCCUCUCCACGGGGGAGACUCUGAGAAGCCGUGUAAACCUCUCGGCCUCUUCUCGUCGCUGGCUCGGUUGCAGUCGUCGCCUCUUCUUCUCUCGUUCUUCAGGAUUUUUGUGGAGGAGCGACGGAAACAGGAAGCCGCGACUUUCCCGUCGAGAACGACUGAAGAGCCUUUCUUCUCGCCGCCGCACUUUGCUUGUCUGCUGGAGUGUCUCGACGCAUCGCUUGUCCUGGUCCCCUCGUCACUGGUUCUCUCCGAGCUCAGCGGCGCUCCUCCGCCUGCCUCAGAGUCCGUGUCGUACACCUCGCUCGCGAGCCACCGUCUGUACUUGCCUGCAAGGGCGCAUGCACCGCCCUCUGCAGGUUUCGCUGAGCCACUUGAGGAUGGGGACUACGCGUACCUUCGCGACUCCUGCGUAGACAACUCCCCGUCUUCUCUCGCGUCCUCUGCGACAGAAAGAAUUCCUCUUCGCCUGUCUUCAGUCCUGUCUCUCCAGCGGUGCCUGGGCGGCGAACUUGGAACCGCCUUCAAACUGUUGGAGGGUCUCGGGUGUACGUACAGCGUACAGCGUGGCGACUCCGGCGCUGCGACGUGUUCCUCGGCGGCAGCGGCAGAGUUUGAUAAGCAAACGUUUGGAUCUGGAGACCCUCUUUUCGUCGUGCCUCGUCUCCUGUCUCUGUUUGCGACGUCCAUUUCUCAGCAGCUUGGCCGCCUCUCCUUUCCCUCCCUGCUGCUUGUGCUCCAUUCUCAAACUGCGGCCCUCCGCUUUUCCGCUCUCUUCCAGCUAGCUGUCCCCGACAGUCUCGCUCGUGAUCUUCCGCCUGGCGGCGAAUGUCUGUCUACCCAUACGGAUGUUGCCUCUGCUUUUUCCUCUGAUUCGUCGUUCUCCUCCGAAGCCUCUCCUCGAGCCACAGCGACUUCGAUGUCUCCCCAGUCAGCUCAAGAACAGAUCGAUUGUCUCGCUUUCUCGUCUUCUUCUUUCGCUCGACGCUCACGGGCCUGGAGGACAGAAAUGGGAGCCUGUCUCGCGGUCCAGCUCCUCGCCACAGCCUCACUUCUCCGUCGUCUCUCUGAGAACCUUUCUCUCGGUCUCGUCUCGCCCGUGCAGGCAAAAGCUCUGCGGAGUAGUCAGGAUACGCAGGCGAACUCCGAUGCCUUUAAUGCCGAAAAAAGGAGUGAAAACGUCGCGUUAUCCGCCCCUUUUUUUGAAGAGAAAAACGUUUUCGCUGAAGACGCACUGCAUGCGCUCCUCCAGAACGGCCUCAGUGCAAUUCUCUGCUCUGUCUCUACAGCGUCCGCGGCAAUUCGAGACAGUUUGCCGGCACUGCAUGCAGAAGAAGAAAAGGGGGAAAAAGAAACCCAAAAACCGAACGAAAGAGACCAACUGAGCAGCGAGGCAGAGGCUGCAGCCGUGGCAUUUGGAAAAGAAGCUUUUCGUUGCAUGCGCAGCAUUCGCCGUUUAUUCGAGGGCCGUCCAGCUCCUUUUGGAUCUCCACGGAGAGAUGUCGUCGAUCUGAAUGAUGCGCUGCGACGGCUAAGCCUUGAGCAACAGGUGUCUUGGCUGUCUACGCUCCUCACUCUUUUCGAAGUUCGGCUCCACAGGCAAAGUUGGGAAAGGCAGCACAAAGGCGAGAGCAGCCAUAGGCGAGAUCUGAACGGAAAUCUCCAGCCUCUCCAGCCCUCAGAGUUGCUCGAGGAAAGCGCGCAUGUCUUUCUCUUCCUCGCCGGCAACCUCCAGCAUCGAGCGCAUCUCUCUUCGUCUGACGUGUUUGCGGAUGAGGGCGAAGAAACUUCUCUUUCCGUUGUAGAGGUCACGGCUGCCUUUUCUCGCUGCGUCGCUCUCGCUCUUUCCUCUUCUUCUCCUUCGCUGAAUUCUCUCCUUUCUUCGUCUCCCGCAACUCGAGAAGGAUGCACACGCGCCGGGACUGAUCUCGGCGUGGCAGGCAGAGACGCCGAGGUGUCUUGGCUAGCUGGAUCUUUGCAGCUAGCGCUAGACGAUGUGCGGGACACUCUGGUGCAUGCUUCGCCCUCUCAACUUCGUCGAGUCUCCGCCGCAGCUCAGGCUCUGGCAGAAGCGCAAGGCGAGAUGAGGAAAAGCAGAUUCUCUCCUCUCCGAAAUCCUCACGAUCCGCCUUCUGCUGUGAGGCGAGUGAGAGGCAGCGAAGGGGAUAGGGAGGAAGACGAGAGCUUUUGCGAACAAGACGCGCUCGGCCGAGACACAGAGCUCUUUUGGGAAGAAAUCCUGACGGGUUUGAUGAACUUGUCAACUCGUGGUCUUGCAGAGUCACCAGCGGGUACGACACUCCUGCGUGUCAAGAUCUAGAGGCG